AUGACCCUCAACGACAUCAAAGCCUUCGUCGAAGCUGAGAUCGGUGUUCCUCCAUCUGCCCAAAUAUUCUUAAGAGAGGGAAGGGCAGUCGCAGACACUUCCAUGACCCUCGCGCAGUUAAACAUCCAGGAAGGCGAUAUAAUACCAAUGGCCAUCCAAGCCAACCCUCCAAGGCGGCGGCCGGCACAGGGUCAACCGAGCGGCCAGCCCUCAGCACAGAGGGCCAGAGGUAUCAACGAUGCCGAGCCACUGAGAACCCGGAUAUUACAAGACCCUGCUGUUAUGGCUGAUUUUCGGAGACAAGAUCCCGAACUUGCAGCCGCCGCUCAGGAUCAACAGAGAUUCCACGACCUGCUGGCAGAGAGGCUGAGGGUCAAUGAGCAGAUGCAGAGGGAGAAGGAAGAGCAGAUUGCACUGCUAGAGGCCGACCCUUUCAACGUCGAUGCACAACAGAAGAUUGAGGAAAUGAUCCGACAAGAACGUGUCGCAGAAAAUCUGCAAAAAGCAAUGGAGGAGUUUCCUGAAGCAUUUGGCAAGGUUACCAUGCUUUAUAUCGAUGUUGUCGUCAACGGUCAUCCUAUCAAAGCAUUCGUGGACUCCGGCGCACAAACGACCAUCAUGUCUCCGUCAGCCGCCGAACGGUGUGGCAUUCUGCGGCUGGUCGACAAACGAUUCGGAGGAAUAGCUAAAGGUGUGGGCACUGCGCAAAUCUUGGGUCGAGUUCAUUCGGCCGAAAUUCAAAUCGGACAGUACAACUUAGCCAGCAGCUUCACGGUCAUGGAAGGCAAAGACGUGGAUUUGCUACUAGGGCUUGACAUGCUCAAGCGGCACCAGAUGUGCAUCGAUCUGAAAAAGAAUUGUCUGCGCAUUGAAAACGACGAGAUCUCCUUCUUACCGGAAAGCGAGAUCCCGAAGAUGAUGGAAGAAGUUCUGGAAAACGAGCCCAAAGUCGACGGACCUGGGGGGAGCACAGUUGGCGCAAAGACCGGAACUGUUAUGCCAGGAGCAUCUACAUCGUCAAAUCAAACAGGGUCCGGUCAGGGAAGCAGCAGCACUGCGGAUCAGUCGGGGUCUGCCGCAAGAGCUGUCCCGUCGACCGUGCCCCAAGGUUCCAGCAACUUUGGCGAACCACAGCCAAUUACAGCAGAAUCGAUAGCCCAAGUGACCGAGCUGGGUUUCACGAGAGAGGAGGCCAUUGCAGCGCUCCAACAGACAGGCGGUAAUGUCGAACUCGCCAUUGGCUUGUUGCUUUGA